CGCACAUAUGUGUAUAUAGUUUAGCUGAAACCCAGAGACAUGCGCCAGACGCGGCGAGGCGGCCAGGACAUGAGAGCCACCGGCAUGCGCUAAGCAAAAAGCGAUGGGCGAGGCCGAUGACGCCGCCGGGGAUUUGCGCGCCGCCGGCCUGCUCCUCGCGCUCUACACGCUGCAGGGCAUCCCCAUGGGGCUGAGCGGCGCCGUGCCGCUCCUGCUGGCGGGCCGCGCGUCGUACGCGGAGCAGGCGCUGCUGUCGCUGGCGAGCCUGCCGUUCUCCCUCAAGCUCCUGUGGGCGCCCCUCGUCGACGCCGCGUACGUCCGCCGCUGGGGCCGGCGCAAGACGUGGCUCGUGCCGACGCAGCUGCUCAUCGGCGCGACGAUGCUCCUCUCCCGGGGGCGCGUCGACGCGUGGGUCGCCGCCGCCGCGCCGCCCGUGCCCCGGAUCGCGGCGUACUUCGCGGCGCUCUACGCGCUCUGCGCGACGCAGGACGUCGCGGUCGACGGCUGGGCGCUGACCCUGCUGUCCAAGCGGCGCGCGGGGUGGGCCGCCACCUGCAACGGCGUCGGCCAGUCGCUGGGCUACGCCCUGAGCUACGUCGGCUUCGUGGCGCUGCACGCGCGCGGGCGCGUGUCGCUCGCGGCGUUCGUCGGCGCCUGCGGCGCCGGGUUUCUCCUCACGACGGCGGCCGUGGCGCUGGGCUGCCGCGAGCGGGCGGAGGCGGGCGCCGCGGUCGCGCCGCGCGCGGCCUACGGCCGCGCGCUCGCGGCGCUGCGCCUGCCGGCCGUGCGGCGCCUGGCCGUGGUGCUGCUCACGUGCAAGGCGGCCUUCGGCUGCGUGGACGGGGCGGCGCAGCUCGAGGCCGUCCGGCGCGGCCUGCCCACCGAGGCCGUCGCGGCGCUCGCGCCCCCGCUGCUCCUGGCGUCCGUGGCGCUGCCGCUCGCGGCCGCGCGGUGGACCGCGGGGCCGCGGCCGCUCUCGUCCGCCUUCCUCUGGGGCUUCCGGCUGCGCCUCGCGCUCAACCCGCUCACGUACGUCGUGCUGCGGUGCGUCGAGGCCGCGCCGGCGUCGCGCCGCGCGUACCGCGCGUACGCCGCGCUCGCCCUGCUGCGGGAGGCGGGGUCCACCCUCAUGUUCACGAGCAUGAUGGCCUUCUUCGCCCGGGUCGCGGACCCGGGCCUCGGGGGCACCUACAUGACGCUCCUGAACACGCUGGCGAACGUCGGCGCCAAGUGGCCGCCGUCGCCUGUGUGGAAAUCAACCAAGUGCGACGGGUGCACCCGACAAUUCUUCACUAAGUCAUUUCUCGGCAAUGACGCGGCCGUCAUGGCUCGGUCGAGCGGCGAGGAACCGGCAUCGCCACGCCAUCGAGCAGGCGUCGCGUCGAUGGCGUGGAGGACGACGCGAUGAUUCAUCACGAACGCGCCGUAAAAUUUGAUUUCCACACAGGCCGUCGCUGGCGCUCUGGGGCCUUGGGGCCCUGGCGGGGGCGAGCGGGGACCCGCUGCGCGUCGAGCUGCUGGCGUGCACCGCCGCGGGGGGCCUCUGGGUCGUGGGCUUCCCCGCGUUCCUGCGGCGGCUCGAGGCGGUGCCCCGGGAGCGGUGGCGGCCGGGCGCCCGGAAGGCGUCCUAGGGAGUCCGCGGUGCGCGUCGGCGAGCGGCCCCGGGACCCGACGCCCCGCGGGGCUUAAACUUAUGUAUUCGCAUG